AUGUAUUUUUAUUAUUUAAAUUUAAUUAAUUAUUUUUUAAUUAAUUUUUUAAUUUUAUUUUAUUAUAAUGAAAGAAAAUUAAUUUCUUUUGCUUUUUUGACCGAACCUAAACUUGUUUAUGUUGACGGUUCUCAACCUUGGGAUAAUUGUAGGCCUGGAUUGAAAAGAUCUUUAAUUUCUUUGACUGGUUUACUUCUUUCACAUCCUUUUUAUGGGUCUCUUCCAUAUAAUGCUAGUAGAAAUUGUUUCCUUACAAUUGCUGUUCCAGUUGGAUAUCGUGUUAGGCUAAAAGCACUCGAUUUUGAUGUUCAAGGGCAAUGGGGAAAAUGUGAAAGGGAGGAUACAUUACAUAUAUUCGAUCAUAACCAACAACUCGAACCAGAAACACUUACUGCCAAUGAACAACUCCCGAUUGGUGGCCAUUCCCCCGGAAGGCUUUUGGGGGAAUUUUGUGGUAAAAUUGAAACAGAUUUAACAAAAACUGAUCCUUCUUCUUCAUUAAAUCAACGUUCAAUUUUAGCCGAAUCCUCCCAAAAUGCUUUAACACUUUGGUGGCACACAGAAGAUUUACAAAAUUUAAAUAAUCAAAAACAAACAACUCCCCUCAGUACUUUAACUAGUAAAUCAAUUAAUUUACGAACAAAUUCACAAGGAUUUAGAUUACUUUGGUUUGAUAAAUAA